AUGGUGAAGGACUGCCCACAGCCGAGGAUAACUUGUAGCAACUGUGGGAAGUUGGGGCACAUUGCCAAUGAGUGCUGGGCCGCCAAGAGGGGAGGCAGUACAAGUGCAGCUAAGAGGCCGAAAUCAAGAGGAAGUACAGGGCCAAGUACGGGGCAGAAGUCGAGCAUUCCUGGUAGAGUCUUUGCUAUGAGUGGGGCACAGGCUUCACAGUCAGAGGAGCUGAUCCGAGGUAAAUGCAUUAUUAAGGGUCGAUUACUUGAUGUGCUGUUUGAUUCGGGUGCUAUGCACUCCUUUAUAUCUGUGGACUGUGUGAAGAGUCUGAAUCUGUAUGUGACAAAAUUGCCGUGCAAUGUUGUGGUGACUACCCGUACAGGUAAGCUGGUUGUGACGUUAUGUGUGUGUUUGGGGUGUGCAAUGAUGGUACACGGUAGGGAGUUUGAGGUGGACUUAAUUUGUUUACCUCUUUCUCAACUGGAUGUAAUUGUGGGAAUGAAUUGGCUUGCUGCCAAUCAUGUGUUGCUGGACUGUAGGGCAAAGACCUUGAUCUUCGAUGCGACAAUGAUAGAGGUUCCAAGACUUAUGAGCCACAGUGCAUGGGAGAGCAUGGUGAACGCCAAGACCUUUAUGGUAAUGUUUUCGAUGGAGGCCGAAAGCGCGGUGGAGGCAGAAUAUAUUCCGGUGGUGAGGGAUUUCUUGGAGGUUUUCCCCGAGGAUAUUUCUGAGCUACCGCCUGAGAGGGAGAUAGAGUUUGUUAUUGAUCUUAUUCUUGGAGCAAGUCCGAUUUCCGUGGCACCUUACCGGAUGUCACUAGUGGAGUUGGCAAAAGUCAAGAAGCAAGUAGAAGAUUUGUUAUAG